AUGUCUGUACAGUCCAACAACAGCGCUGGCAGCCAUUCUUCAUCAAUGAGCCAUCCAGAAGAAUCCACAGUUGUUAUUCAAGCCACAACAACCUCUUCCAUGUUGCCAAACACAUCAUGUUCUUCCACGACUGAAAUGUCCCAUAACGAAGAUAGUACCAAAUUUGCCGAAAAUAAGAAUAUCAACAACCUCUCCCAGCAACCUGUCAUCUCUGGAGAAGGCUCAAAAAAGACAUCAUCAUCGACGAACACUGCAGUCGUGAAUAUUCCAACAACAACAAUACCACAAUCAACGAAUACAUCAUCAUACUCCCCAACACCAUCUACUCCUACCAACAACAACAAUACCACAACCUCAUCCUCGCUCAAGUCCAGAUCCAAAAUGAAUAUUGCAGAGGACAAUCAUCAUGAUGAAAAUCAUGACGAGCCUCAUGAUUUUCAUCAUGAAAAGCUUCCCCUUGCUUCCAAACAAAGUACAAAUUCUCAUCAUGCGUUUGAUGAACAUGAAUUAGAAAGAACGCAACAAUUAUUGGAGACUGCUCUGUUCUCCAUCAUUCAUAAAUACAAUACCGAUACCGUUAAUCAACAGCAACAACAACAAACACAAGUCCCUCAACUCAAUGUUCCUGUACCUCUUCCAGUAACUCUUCCUUCCAUCACGACCAUCAACUCUCCAGUCGUCCUUCAAGAAACCAUGGCACUUUCAGGAGAGAAGAAAUCUAAGGAAUCCAUUGACCAAACCAUUAUACUCUCGCUCUUAUCUGGAGUCUUUGUCGGAUUUGGAGCCAUUGCCUCUUUCAAAACAGGUGGAAAUAUGCCUGGAUGGGACGUUGAAAAUCCUGGUUUUGGUAAAUUGAUCUUUUCAGCAGUGUUCACUGUGGGAUUAAUGUUGGUCAUUGUUUCAGGAAGUGAAUUAUUCACAGGCAAUACCAUGGUCAUGUUUGUGGCCAUGCUCCGAAAGAAAGUGACUGCUUGGCAUGUCGUUAAGAAUUUGUGUCUCUCACUGACGUUUAACGUUCUGGGAGCAUUCAUGACCAUCUACUUUUUCAUGUAUCUGCCGACUACCGAAAAAGAGCUGCACACUCCAGCUGGUUUCGUUUCCUACGCUAAAAAGGUUGGAGAAGCAAAAGUGUCAAGAUCCGCUGGCUUAACCAUUUUGUUGGGCAUUGGUUGUAAUUGGCUCGUGUGUUUGGCCGUGUACAUGACUUAUGCCUCGAAUGUUCUAGUGGACAAAUUAAUUGGCUUAUUCAUGCCCAUUUUAGCUUUCGUUGCAGGAGGAUUUGAACACAGUGUGGCCAAUGGAGCUUUCAUUCCAUUAGCCAUGCUUUAUGGUUCAGACAUUACCAUGUAUGACUUUUUGGUUUCAAAUUUGAUGCCUGCCACUCUUGGCAAUUUACUUGGUGGUGCAAUUUUCGUUGGAAUGGCAUUCUGGUAUACACACGGAGUGAGAAUGGAACAUUUAUACUUCUUUGACGAACAUUUUAUAUUGAGAAUGAGGGCUACUAUUGCUCAACCAAUUUUGAAUUUGUGGGAUCGUCUUCAAAAAUUCAAUCCAUUCUUGAAAAAGGAAGAAGCUGUCAUUACUGCACAAAAUAUUGAACUACCUGAACAUCGAGUGUAA